AUGAAUUUGUGUAUAUAUGAUGUACAAUUGUUUAGUUAUUGUUGUAAUCCAAUUUCUUUUAUAAUCAUAGUUUAUUGUAUUAUUGGAAAAAUAUUAAAAAAGAUGCCGAUAGUGAAGCGUUCAGUUUCACCAAUAAAUGUUAGUUCACAUCGUUUGGCUCCUUCUAUUAAAAAAGAUGAAUUGGAGUGUGUAGCUAAUGGAACAUUAGCAAAUCUCAUAAGACAACUCAGCUCAUUAUCAAAACAGGCAGAACAAAUUUUUAGUGAUUUAUCUAGUGAGGCUACCAAAAUAGAUCUUAAAAGUACAAGUUUAUCACAAAGAGUUGAGAAAUUAAAAAUAAAAAUUGAAUCUUAUGAAGGUAAUGAUGAUCAAGAUGCUUUACAAGAUAUUCAAUAUCGAAAACCAUUUAAAUCAUCAAAUUUAAUUGAUCAGCAAACGUUUGAUAGGCAAACAUUACCACCAGCAUUACAAGAUUUGUAUAAUAAAUGUGAACCACCACCAAAUUUGGAUGCAUUAAAUGAAUUCAGAGAUGAUCCAAAACCAGCCUUAAAAUAUUACACUGAUCCAGGGUAUUUCUUUGAUUUAUGGAAAAAACAAAUUCUUAAAGAAUGUGAAGAAAUGCCUAAGAGAAAGAUAAUGAAAAAUAUGUCACAAUCACCAGAGAAAAAAAUAAAAAAGAGACCUACUGAAGGAAUGGAUGGUGUAACAAAAUAUGACUCUGAAUUUUCUAUGCCAAUUUAUGGUACUUAUAAACCUCCAAAAAUAUUGCCUUCAAAAUUAUCUCAACAACCUGCCUUUCACUCAAUGUCUUCAACAACAAGUAUCAGGGGUCGUCAACCAAAUUUUGUUCAAUUCCCUGAAGAAUAUCAAGCUCCAAGAGUUUUACAAUCAACAGUAAGAGAUAAUGAACCAUUUCCUGCUCCACCACCAGGAAUGUCACUGCAAUAUAAUAGUAUUUUUACACCAUCAAGUCAAUUUCUUGACACACAAACUUCAACACUCCCACCACCAUUGUUUACUUCAGAUUCACCUAAUUCUUUAGAACAAACAUUACAAAAUUAUAGAAUAACAGAUCCAAUUGAAGAGGAUGAAGAAGAAGAUUUACCUCCACCACCAAAUGUAAUGAUGGCAUCAACACUCGUUUCACAGAUUCCAUCAUUACCAAAAUUAGAUUUAGUGCCUACUGAAGGAUCAUCAGCUCCACCACCACCACCACCUCCUCCACCACCGCCACAAGUGGGACAAAUAAAAUUACCAACAACAACUCCAGCAAUGUCAUUUGCUUCUGAAAGAAAAAAUAAUGAAAAUACAGAAAAUGAUUGUUCUAGAGAGAAUGGUAGUGGUCCACCUGCAAAUAGAGGUAACUUGUUAGCUGAAAUUCAAUCAGGAAUAAAAUUAAAGAAGGUACAAAGAAAAGAGGAAAAAGAAGCUGAAAAGGCUGCUGUUGAUGAUAUAAAUGAUGUUGCUGCAAUACUACGCCGCCGCAUGGAACAUGUUUUAGGUCAUGAUGAUAGUUCAGAUUCAAAUGAAGAUGAUGACGAUGAUGAUGACUGGGAUUAA